AUGCCGUCUCUCUCUUUCCGCCGUCGCAAGCCUGCGGCACAACCGUCAGACUCAGACUCAGAGUCGCCAGAACCACCACGGCCCCACCUCCUCACGCUCCCCGGUGAGAUCCGGAAUCAGAUCUACGCAUACACGAUCCUCACACGGCGAGUCGUCCCGGUCACCUCACGCGACCGUCUGCGACAGAGACUCGAAAAAUCCACCCCGCUAUCCUGUCUCCUGCCGCUGCUGUUGACCAAUUCCCAAGUCCACCGCGACGCCGCCUCGUUGUUUUACUCACAAACUCGCUUUGUCGUGCUCCCCGAGCAUUUACCGCCGCUGAGCACCCAGGCGAAUCUGCUGUUCCGUGGGUUUUUGGAUGUCAUUGGCCCGCGCAAUGCAGCGUGUGUGCGGUAUCUACAGGGCGUACCGUUUCCCCUGAAUGGGAGCGCGCUCAUGGAAAGGCGACACACCCCACACCUCACCACCACCCUCCGCUCAUCCCGCGCAGCCUUCCUCCCGGCCCUCGCCCAGGCCUGCCCCAACCUGAUCUCGCUCUCCUUCGACCUGCGCUGGAACAACAUGUGGAUCCGGGUACUGACCCCUUACCCACGCACCCUACGCGCCAUCUGCGCGCCCAUCGACACCCAGCUGCGGCAGGCUUUUCCCGGCCUGCGCCGCAUCCGGUUUGAGCUGACCGGGCAGGAGUCGAUGUGGCAGAACCACGGGGAGAGGAGGGGUUGGAAUCGGCCUCAGCCUGUUACGGCGAGGGAGUGGGCAUGGGUGCGGCAGGCGCUGGGGAGAGGGCUAGGAUGGGAAGUUGGAGUGGUGGACCACGAUAUAGAGCCUGAUGUAGAAACGGACGAGGAGGAAGAGGGAGAGGAAAGGUCUAUAUACCGCCGGUCGGACGCGGCGAACCACUACUGGAGCCGGGACUUCUCCCAGUCUCGCCCGCACUGGGAAGACCGCAUGCCGCCGGUGUAUGGCCCUGUGCAGGCGGCGUUCACGUCGGAGAUUGAGGAUGCACCGACGCGGGCCAAGUAUAUCAAGGCGAAUAUCACGUAUGCGUUGUUGCGGGUGAGGACGAGGAAGAGGAGGUUGAGAAGGUGGUUGGGGGGGUCGCAGCAGAUUGUUUAG